UUGAAGCAAGGCGUAAACCUUUGUCGUUAAUAUGUUUUGUGUCCCAUGCUGGAAAAUUCGGGAAAAUCCACAGUCUUCGAGAGAAUUCUUCAGGUCUUUAUAAUCAGGCAUACAAAAUACCAGUCUUAUUUUAUAAAUCUUUUUUGAGUUAUUGAAGUCUUAGUCGAAACGUGUCAAUUAGAAGCAUGAGCGCUAGCGGAGGCGGAGAUGACCAAAGAGAGUCUCGAGUUCCCAGGGAUAUGCAGGGGCUGGUGAAGUUCUGUAUCGAGCAAGGGGCUGAGUGUGACAAUCCCGAGGGGAUGCUCAGCCAAAUGACAGCAGAGAGACGGGAAUGGCUAGAGUCAGCUCUUAGUAAUAUGACCACUAAUCCUGUUACGAGGAUGAAAGAGGGACUUAUCAAGAUGAAUCAACCUGAUGACGAAGACAACGAAAAUUUGACAGAUGAAAAAAUAGCUGCUAUUGAGGAGAUUAUGGAAUGGUGUGAAAACAUUGAUUUAGCAAUAGAUUUUCACAAAAUUGGAGGGUAUGAAGUAUUGGCAAAGCAGUUCGACCACAGUGAGCCCGAGGUUAGGUGGAAUGCAUUAGAGCUUCUCGGUAUCCUAGUACAGAAUAAUCCCUACUGUCAGGAGGCAGCAAUUAAACAUGGGUUACUUCCCCUUGCACUACAGAUUAUAGAUAAUGACAACAACGCCACUGUCCGCACGAAGGCACUCUACGCCAUCUCUUGUUUGUGCAGAGACGUACCUGAUGCCCAGAAGGUGUUUGUUGAAAAGGACGGCUUCUCUGUUAUAAUGAGAGCUAUGCAGACUGAUGUGGAAAAACUGAAAAUCAAAGCAGCAUUCAUGCUGAGUAGCAUGUGUAAUGAAAAACCAGAAUUUAAAGAUAUAAUGUGUGAUAUAGGUAUGAUCGACCAGCUAGUAGGACAUCUACAGGAAGAGCAUGGCGCUUUCCAUGAACACAUGAUGUCUGCCCUGCUGACUAUCGUACGUGAUCACCCGCGGGCGUAUGAGGAAUGUCAUCGACACGAACUCAAUCUCAUCAGUACUCUAAAUAACAGGACAGAGUUCCUGAAAGGGAAGGAAGAGUUCCAGGAGGAACUAGAAUAUGCAACAGAGCUGCUUAGGUUAUUAGAGGAUCCAGACACCUCAGACGUGGCUAGAUGACCACAUCAAGGCUACAUAAGGCAGUAGUGGACUUCAGGUCUGCCCAUUAGACCAGUACUCUCACGCUUGAGAUGGCCGAGUAUGCACAGACACGCUUCAGUGAUUAUACCAGUAGCAUGUGGUUGUAUUGUUGUAUAAUUCCUGGAACAAAGUCAUCCAUGGGUCAUCGAACGAAGUUUAAAGUGGAUUGACAAUACAAAUGUCUUCACUACGUAACAUCUUUUGUGCAGACGCUUUUGUUUUCGAAGAAAUUUCCUCAAAUUUUCAAGGCUUGUCUGUGAUGAUUUGGGGGAAAAAAUGUUGUUUAAAAUUUUUGGAUAAAUAGGACAAUAUAUGGGAUGAAAGUCAAUGCACGGCAAAUGUAUUGACACACUAAAAGCAAUAUUUAUAAUGUAUGCAAAAUUUUGUUUAUUAUAGUGACUAUUUGAUCAAAUUGUAUGCUAACUAGCGAUGUACCAUUAUGUCAGUAUAUUGCGAUUCAAGACUGUAUCAGUAUUGUAUUGUUAUAAGAUGUUCUGGAUAAAUUAUCAGGGAUAACAUCAUUUUGAGGGCAUUAGGAAAAUAAUUAAUAAACGAUGAAAUCAGUUAUCAAUUUAUCUUGGUGCUUAAUUGUUAAAGCCUACUGUAAGUGUGGCAAUUAUGUACUCAAUUUUUCACUUGAUAUUUAAUCACAGUUGUGAAAAUAUGAUAUCUGACUUUGUUUAUUCAUAUCUUAGCUACAUGUUUAUUGUUUACACGCUGGAAUCUCACUUACAGAAGUUUCAAUUUGACUUCUGUAGGUCUGAUAUCAUUAAAAUGAAGGAAGUAUAUCACU